UGGGACGUUGGGGUCUUCCCAGAGCUCCAGCGGGGUGACUGGUAGUCUGGGAGACAGCGUUCAGCCUGAGAGGGACUGUAUCUCCCCAGAGAACUCCAGCCAGUCCAGCCAGAAGAGCAACGACACUGGAGACACCGGCUCUGGGAUGCAGUCUGACAGCGGCUCCUCUGCUCUGGACCCAUUGUAUCGCUCCCAGAAGAUGGCUCGGGCCAAGUGGGAGUUUUUGUUUGGAACCUCUUCAGAGGACGGCCACGAAGCUAAAGAUGUCCCAGAAUCCUCAACAGCGCCCCCCUGUGGCACAUCCUGCAAGUCUCCCACACCAACUCCUCCCUCCUCUGUCCCCCCGAAGCCCACCAAAGACUGGCAGGGACAGAACGACAACAGUAAGAAGUUAUCCUUUCAUGAGGUACAGCAAGUGGAGGUGGAGCUAAUAACACCACCUCCAGCCAUCACGGUCGGCUCAUUGCCCAAGACUGGCAUCAUCCGGGGAACCGUCAAAUACUCUGAGACGGACCUGGACGCUGUGCCUCUACGCUGCUACAGAGAAACCGACCUGGAUGAAGUGAUGCUAGCUGAGGAGCAGGCUGAGGCUGAGGCAGCUGCCGAGGCUGAGGCAGGGGAAGAGUUGGAGGUGGACUCUGCGUUCGGCAGUAACCGGAGCGUCCUUGGAACCUCGGCCUCUAGCGCCAGCCCCAUGGAGGGGGCCUUGUACCCCCACACAGACGGGGAGGAAGAGGACCUGGAGGAGGAGGGGGUGGUGAGCUGGGCCAGUGUGAGGAUGCAAGGAGACAAAAAGAGGCAGCACGCUUCCCAGGAGGAGGACCAGGUGUACAGUCGACUGCUCAAGGGUCCCCUGAACGUAGCAGAAGCCCUCAAGUCCCCCAUGGCACUGACAAGCCCUCGCAGGAUCUCUGCCGACCAACUGGAUUCCUUCAGCCGCCAUUUUGAGAGUAUCAUCGAGUCCCACCGGGCCAAAGGCACGUCCUACAGCAGCCUGGACAGUGUUGAGCUCCUAGCCUCCAGUGGCCUGCCUGUCUUCACCUUCGACCUCCCCACUCUCACCCCGGAGAUCCAGAGCCAGAUCUGUGAGAGUGCCAGAGCCAUCAUUGAGCUGAGCUUCGCCCCCCUCGCCAAGCCUGACUCCCCUGGCGCGUCGGAGAACUCCCGCUCCGAGCCCUCCCUGGUCUCCUCAGGGGAGGGGUCUAGCAGCCCCUCACUGGGCAGCCUCACCCCUGGACGGAAGGUGAGGGCAGACAAAGAUUGGCGUCGGGUGAAUAAUCAAGAUUGCUGGCGCAAGGCAAACUCUGUUCCCUCGCUGAGGGAGAAGCCGGGCCACCGGGCCCCAGACCCCUUCCCCCAGCAGGAUGUUGGAGAGCGCCUGGCCCAAGCCAGUUCAGAGACCCUGACCAACGGGAACACGGCUGACCUGCAGGCGGCCAAACGCCUCGCCAAACGCCUCUACAACCUGGACGGCUUCAGGAAGUCUGACGUGGCACGACACCUCAGCAAGAAUAACGAAUUCAGCAAAAUGGUAGCAGAGGAGUAUCUCCGUUACUUUAACUUCACAGGACUAACCAUUGACCAGGCCCUCAGAGCUUUCUUAAAGGAGUUUGCCCUCAUGGGAGAGACACAGGAGAGAGAGCGAGUCCUAGCCCACUUCUCAAGCAGAUACCUUCAAUGCAACCCCAACGCAAUCCCAUCUGAAGACAGUGUGCACACUCUGACUUGUGCGUUGAUGCUGCUCAACACAGACUUGCAUGGGCAUAACAUCGGGAAGAAGAUGUCCUGCCUUCAGUUCAUCACCAACCUGGAAGGCCUGAACGAUGGCAAGGAUUUCCCCAAAGAACUUCUCAAGGCCUUAUACAACUCCAUCAAGAAUGAGAAGCUCCAGUGGACUAUUGACGAAGAGGAGCUCCGGAAGUCCUUCUCUGAGUUGGCGGACGUGCGUACCGACUCCGCCUCCCACACGAUGAGGCGAGUCGGCAGCGGGGGGAACUCCCUGGUGGGCGUGGCCCAGCAGUCCGACGCCGUUCUCUAUAAGAGCGGCUUCCUGGUGCGGAAGGUCCAUGCAGACUCUGACGGCAAGAAAACUCCACGGGGUAGGAGAGGAUGGAAAACCUUUUACCUCACACUAAAGGGACUAGUCCUUUACCUACAAAAGGGGGAGUACUCGCCGGACAGGCAACUGACAGACGAGGACCUGAAGAACGCCGUUUCCAUCCACCACUCUCUGGCCAUGAGGGCCACUGACUACAGCAAGAGGCCCAACGUCUUCUACCUGCGCACUGCAGACUGGAGGGUCUUCCUCUUCCAGGCUCCUAAUGCCGAGCAGAUGCAGUCCUGGAUCACGCGCAUUAACAUCGUGGCGGCCAUGUUCUCAGCGCCACCUUUCCCAGCAGCCAUUGGUUCCCAGAAGAGGUUCAGUCGCCCACUGCUGCCCGGCUCCAACACAAAGCUCUCCCAGGAGGAACAGGGGAAAUCUCACGAGACACGUUUCCGAGCCAUCUCCUCUGAGCUAACUGAAUUAACCGACGUCCCUUUUGACAAGAAGGUCAAAGGUCGAGAGCUGGAGGAACACAAACAACGCGGGGAGUACCUGGCGUUUGAGAAAACCCGGUAUGGGACGUACGCCAUGUUACUGAGAGCCAAGAUCCGCAGCGGGGAGGAAGACCUGUCUGCCUUCGAGGCUCAGCUCUUUGACGAAGGGGUUCUCCAGAGGGCCCACUCCAUGCCCACGGUGGCCCAGCGGAGCAGCGGCAGCCAGGCCAGCCGCACCAGGGAGGGGGCCAGUAGAGCCAGCUCCAGUGCUAGCAACGCUGCCUCCGGAGGGAGCUCCAAGAAGGGCAGCAAGCGUUCAGACCCCCAGAGACACAGCAGCUACAAACAGGCUGUGAAGCAGUAAGACUGGCGUGGAGGGUGUGUUUGUGUGUGUGUGGGAGUCAGGGGAGGACUGGCUGGUACAGAAUGCUGUAUGUACUGGAGACUCUGUGAUGCGGGAGGUGGUUAGGCCCCCCCCCCUCCCCUCCAGUUCCCUGUACGAGUCUUUUCUGAGUCCCAUGACUUGUAAAUGAGAUGGAGGGAGGAAGGGUGUACAGUAUGGAGGACCUACUGCAUGCUUCUCGUCUCUGAAACCAUUUGCACUUGGUGGCACAGAACAGUGCAAUCAUGGGAAUAAUGAACAUCAAUCUGUCCCCUUGGUCUGCCACAUGUGACUUCGGUCUUGUUAUGAAUACAGUACGUAUCUAAAAUAUUCUGCUGGAAUACUCUUUUGGACCAAAUUAUUGUGUAUAGCAUAAAUUGAAAUAUGAAUGUAUUUUGAAAGUUGUUGAAGUUCCGCGGGGUAACACAGGAUGGAAGAUCUUGUUUUGUCCAAAUAUAGUGAAGUAGUUCAAUACAUUUGUAUAUAAAAGCUUUACAGACCCACCUCUGUCAACUAUAUUAGACACUGAGUUGCCCUGCCGACAGGGUCUGACAGACAGAGCCAGAGCUGCAUCAGCCCAUCAAACUGUUGCCAUGGAGACUAAGCUGAGCCCAUUUCCGUGUCAGAAACCUGAAUAAACCAGCAUGCCAGGACCUCACCCACCCACAGUGCAUCUGCGAGGCCCUAGAACAAAACAUUCACCAGACAGCAUGUUACAAGUCAACUAGACAUACAGUACACAUGCAUUUUAGUUUUGUUACAGUGACCAUUCUCUUGGUUAAUGUCAUUUAUAAAAAAAAUACUUUACACAAUAAUACAUUUUUGAGUGGUUAGUCACUCGACUGAGCAGAUGAUAAUUAAUAGAUUAACCACACGUGUUAUCAGUUGGAUUCAUCACAGAGGGUCGCAAACAACAAACAUCAAAGACUCUUCAGUUUGAAUCAUUCAAAGGCUUGAAAGUGAAAAAAGUCUUAUUUUUUUAAUUACCAACUUCAAAGUAUGGUUUCAUUUUUGCAAUAGCUUAUUUGACAGAUUACAUACCGUUCUAUAUUCGACUACUGGAAACAAUUUGGUUAACUAAAGGAAGUGACUCACAUGGUGGUUGACUGAAUGUUAGCAUCACACGUGCGGUUCCAAGGGAAUGCACAUCAUCAGUGAACAGAACAGUCCUGAGUGUUGAAAGAGCAUUGCCUACACAUCCAUUAUAAUGUUUUUAUACAUUAACGUAAUGCUAUGACGUAAUGCUAUGGUCUGUUGAUAUUGUCGUAAAUGACCAAGUAUACCAUCCACCGACAAUCAAAUAUUUAAAAUGUGAGCAAUGCGAGAUAAUGCCACUAGGUGAUGCUAUACUACAGGAGAACGAUGCCAAUUGGUUUCGGGAGUUUUGGGCUAUUUGACUGGAUGUGGGUCGAGAGCAAAAGUGAAGGUAUUUUACUAGAAGUACAACUGUUGUAAUACAUAAUCAAUUAGUCCAAAUAUACUCCACCUCCAUGUUGACUCCCAACGCGGUAAGAAAAACAAGUGAAGGAAACUACUGUCUGUGCAGCAUUGGCAAGCACUGUACCUCCACAGGGACCAGGCUGGUGGGAUACAGGCUGCCAUGCAGACAGUACGAAGCACUGCUGGCUGUCUUCUACAAAUGGUGUAAAUAUACUCAUUCUACAGAGCCAUAGACAGUAGACCAAGAAGUUACAGUUUUCAAUCUCACGGAGCACAGGGGAUGUACGAGUGUGUUAAAUAACUGGAUACACUUCAUCCCCUGUGCACUUUCAUGUUUGGACAGAGCUGUGCGGCGAGAGGUUUAAACUAUCUAUUUUUGUGCUGUCAGUCUAGAAUGGCAUUUUUCUGUAUGUAUUCCACUUAAUUGUGUUUCUGUACAUGAUUCUAUAGAUCUGCUCCAUCAUAAUGUACCUUGUUUUUGUCAUCCUCCAUGGUUAGGCUGUACAUACUGUCAAUAAUAUGGUGGGAUGUUUCUCUCAAAUAUAUACUAAAUGGUUUGUAUCUUUUGGAGGCAUAGAAGAAAAAUAAACACAUUUUGAAAGCA